UUCUGCCAGUCUUCAACCACAAAUGCUUUCAGAGAGGAGACACUUCCCCAGAGGGAAAUCUCAGUUAAAUUCUGUGCUUUGUGUACAAGAGUAGAUCCCGACCACUCUUUUUCUUUCUUGAAAAAGGUAACCCAGACUGUUGCUGACAGAAGGAAGAAAACUCUUAACUGCUCACAAACGCUUCUUGUCAGGAUGCAAUUCUUACAGAUUCUGUCCAGGAAACCAGGGAGCCUGGAAGUGCUUUUUCAAAUACCAUUUUGCCAAAAACAAUUCCCAUACACAUGUCUGUCUACCUCUGCAUGUGUUUAUAGCAAAAAGAAAAAAGGAAACGGUUAUGAACAAGUUGACCAAGAAAAAUACAAGAACUUGGUCCACUCUGUUACAUCUUAUAAAACCAGCGCCCAAACACCAGAGACAAUACUUGAGGAAGACAAUUUGUUAUAUGGGCCACCAGCUAAACACACACCUCCAGUUAAAGCUGGGACAAAAACUCCCAAGAAUUGGUUUCCUUUAAUAAACCCCAGCAAGAGAAUUAUUCCAGCCAGCAGUGAUUCAAAUAUCCCUAUGAAAAUCGGGUUACGAAGAAUGAAGAUGCCCAGUGUUACCCGCAUCCUUCAACAAACCCUCUCCCCACAGCAAAUCUUCUAUCUGGAAAGAUGGAAGCAGAAAAUGAUAGAGGAGCUUGGAAAAGAGGGAUUUGAAGAGUAUACCAAAAAUCUUUUUCUCCAAGGAGAGCUCUUUCAUUCAGCUUUGGAAUCGAUAUUCCUGCUUGAAGAGACAGCAGCUAGGGACCAGGGUAGAGAUGAUGUUGUGGCUGGCUACUUAUCCAGUGUGGAACAUGUCUUGGAAGACAUCAGCGAGGUGAAGGCUCUGGAAAGUGGAGUUCACCAUGAGACCCUGCAGUACCUGGGCCUGGUUGACUGCGUGGCCAAGUAUCGGAACCAACUCUGUGUGAUUGACUGGAAAACAUCAGAGAAGCCAAAGCCAUUUCUUCAGAAUACUUAUGACAACCCAUUACAGGUUGCAGCGUAUAUUGGAGCCAUAAAUCAUGAUGCCAAUUAUGACUUCCAGGUUCGCUGUGGGCUCAUUGUGGUUGCCUACAAGGACGGCUCUCCGGCACACCCACAUUUCAUGGAUCCUGACCUGUGCUCUCACUACUGGAAUAAGUGGCUCUUGCGCCUGGAGGAGUACAUGGACAAAAACUGACCCACACUAAGCACAAGCUACUGGCCUGAGCACAGACACAAAGGAAGAACCUUUUGUUUAAAUGUACCAUUUUCAUGUUCUUUUUUGAGUAACUUUGGCCAAUUUCUUACUAGCUCUCUUCUCUCCCCUCCCAAAAAUACAAGUAACUUUCAAAUGGGGAAUAUCUAUUUCCUUAUACUGUAGGUGACCUCAGUGGUCCAGGCAGAAAAGCCCAACUUAUUUGGUCUGUCUUUUUAUCCCACAGUUUAUACAGCCUGGGGUUGGUAGAAAAGUUCCUACUAUCGAGUAAAACUGCUUGAUCAGAUCAUCUUUCAUUUGUGAUUUUUGAGGACCAAAAAAGUUGCAGAACUCAGUCUUUAAAUAUGAAGUUGGUGAACUAAAGCAAAACAACAUGUAUAAGCUGAGAGAAAUGCAAAUGAUAAAGAAAUUAAUAUAGUAGACUGGGUUUCAGUCAGUUCUUGCUCAUGCCAUCAUCAGGCUUGUUAUCAUUUGUGGUUUGUCUUACAGCUACAACUGGAAAACCUGUCCUGAGAGUUAUAAUUAAAGUCCUCAUUAGUUCUUAUUUAGAAUAGUACAGCAAAGUGGCCACUUAGCAGAAGUGGCUCAGCAAGAGAGGAGCAGAAUUGGAGCCAACACUCCCAGAAAUGUCCAGCGAGUGUUCUGAGAGGUGGGAAUGUUGGCUGCUGCUAGUGGCUCCUCCUGCAGGUGUUUUAACACCCAGCCCACAGAAAAGCACUGUGAGAUGGGCUGUGUGCCUUGGGAGCUCUGUGCUGCCACUGCCUUGAGCUCUCCUGACUCUACUGUGGGUCUGAGCCAACAAGGAGCCCACCCCAAGAACGAUCCCCAGUGCCACGUGAGUGAGUUUCUGUAUCACAGCAGGCCUGUGGCUGUGAAGCAGGGCCUUCUGAGGGGUGAAGAGCUGCUGGUUGGGUUUUGGAGGCUGUUUGUUAUGGCUUCCUCUUUGGUUUGUUUGUUUGUUUUUUCCAAAUAAGAUUGUGAAUAAAUGUUUUGAAUCAGAACUUUUACUUUUGAAGCUAAUAAAAUCAAGUCUGUAAAGCAGAGAAUAAGCCUUGAUCAUAUCAGGCAGUAUUGCUCUGGAAAACUUUUUUUCUCAUUCUCUUUGUCUUCUAUGAAUUGUAUGUAUGAGUUUUCACAGUAACACUGCAGCUUACAAAUAAAAUUAUGACCAACCCCUAA